ACCGCUUGAAAGUGGGGGAAAGUGCCGGCGCCUCCGCCACCGGGGAAAGCCGCUCCGCAGCGCCGAGGCCAUCAGCCACUCAAGACACCUGGAGGAGCCCGGAAGAAGCACUGGGGUGCGCGGCCCGGAGCAUGAGGCUGUGACCGCCACGACUUGCCACCCUACCCCGGGCAGCCCAGCGCCAGGCCAGCGAUCACGCAAGGACUUGCGCGGCUGAGUCUUGGUCCGAACCGGACUCGCCCAGCGGCGGCCGAGAUAAGAGGCGGAGCGCAGCGGCGGGGCCCGGGGGCCCGAGGGCCGGGGGCCCAAAGGGAGGACAAGGCGGCCGGAGCCGCCGGGGCGCGGGGCUAUGAUGGUGCACUGUGCCGGGUGUGAGCGGCCCAUCCUCGACCGCUUUCUGCUGAACGUGCUGGACCGCGCGUGGCACAUCAAAUGCGUUCAGUGCUGUGAGUGCAAGACCAACCUCUCGGAGAAGUGUUUCUCGCGCGAGGGCAAGCUCUACUGCAAAAAUGACUUCUUCAGGCGCUUUGGCACUAAGUGUGCAGGCUGUGCACAAGGCAUCUCGCCCAGUGACCUGGUGCGAAAGGCCCGCAGCAAAGUCUUCCACCUCAACUGCUUCACCUGCAUGGUGUGCAACAAGCAGCUGUCCACGGGUGAGGAGCUGUAUGUCAUCGACGAGAAUAAGUUUGUGUGCAAGGACGACUACCUGAACUCAUCCAGCCUCAAGGAAGGCAGCCUCAACUCAGUGUCAUCCUGUACGGACCGCAGUUUGUCCCCGGACCUCCAGGACCCGCUCCAGGACGACCCCAAGGAGACGGACAACUCGACGUCGUCAGACAAGGAGACAGCCAACAACGAGAACGAGGAGCAGAACUCGGGCACCAAGCGGCGCGGCCCGCGCACCACCAUUAAAGCCAAGCAGCUGGAGACGCUCAAGGCCGCCUUCGCCGCCACGCCCAAGCCCACGCGCCACAUCCGCGAGCAGCUGGCUCAGGAGACUGGCCUCAACAUGCGCGUCAUCCAGGUGUGGUUCCAGAACCGACGGUCCAAAGAACGCAGGAUGAAACAGCUGAGCGCACUGGGCGCCCGGAGACACGCCUUCUUCCGGAGUCCGCGGCGCAUGCGUCCGCUGGGUGGCCGCUUGGACGAGUCUGAGAUGUUGGGGUCCACUCCGUACACUUACUACGGAGACUACCAAGGCGACUACUACGCGCCCGGAGGCAACUACGACUUCUUCGCGCACGGCCCGCCGUCGCAGGCGCAGUCCCCGGCCGACUCAAGCUUCCUGGCUGCCUCGGGGCCCGGCUCGACGCCGCUGGGCGCGCUGGAGCCGCCGCUCGCCGGCCCGCACGCAGCCGACAACCCCAGGUUCACCGACAUGAUUUCGCACCCGGACACGCCGAGCCCGGAGCCGGGGCUGCCCGGCGCGCUGCACCCCAUGCCCGGCGAGGUGUUCAGCGGCGGGCCCAGCCCGCCCUUCCCCAUGAGCGGCACCAGCGGCUACAGCGGACCCCUGUCGCACCCCAACCCCGAGCUCAACGAGGCCGCCGUGUGGUAAGGCCGCCGGGCCCGGCCGCCCCCGGACGCAGCCUCCCGAAACCAAAACGCCCGACGCGGACGGGGCCGCGGCCCGGGUCUCCCUCAGGCGUUCUCUCUCGGGGCCGCACCCAGCCGGCAGCUGCUCCUCGGCCGGAUGCGCAGGGGGACCGGCCCCCGUCUGCACCCCGCGGGCUCUCCGGCACCCCAGCCCGCUGCCAGCGCUCUCCCGGCAGUCGUGAGCAAUUUCUUGGGACCAAAGUCAAUACUCCGUAGGGGCAAGAGAUUUCAGGCACGCUCCAGACUUCCCCCGACCCCCGCGCCCACCCGCUCUUCGGACCAAGAGAGGGUUGAGUUCAAGGGGCGGAGACGAUUUUUUCCCCCUCUCUGCAAUCCGAGUGGCAUUUUGUAAUCUUAUUUCCCACUCUGCUUUCCCCUUCUUUGAAACAAGAUGAUAAGGAAAAGAGAGAAAUUGAAGGAAAGGAGAGGAAAGGGGGCAAAAUGAAGAGAGAAGAUGGAGAGAGGGCGCGACAGAGAGAAACACGCUUGCACAGGGGGUGUCCCUGGGAGGAAGGCAUAUCCACCUGCGCGCUGGCGCCCCCUGGUGGCCAAUCUUGAGGAUCAAGGCCAACUUUUGUAGGAAGGGGGAACGGUCCGGACUUCGCCAGCCCAGGGCCAAGACCCAGACCCUCUUCCUCAUUUUGACAUAUAUUUUGAGCCUGGGGGUCCAGGCCAGACUGGAACACUCGCCCACCCUGCCCUCUUCCUGGGCAAGGCGCCAAGAUUUCUGGGCUCUGGCCCACAGACCACCCUCCCUGCCCCGGGGCCUGGAGGCUGGGUAGUCAGGAUGUACAGUAUUAUACUUUUUUGGAAGUUGAACGCUUCUAGUUUCCUUAUUUUGUAUAAAGAAGAAACAAAUAAAGUAUGUUUUUGUGUUUACUGUUUAUUUAUUGUACUCUAG